UCUAGUUUCUAGAGAAGAAGAAAGGUGGAGCAAUUUUGUGUUUCAAAAAUCAAAUACAUUUCCAUAAAUAGAUCCAAGAAGAAAAAGGCAGUGUCUAUCAGGUCCAAGUUGUGUUCCAAGGGUUUUCUCCUAAAGGUUUUAACUUUCCCCCCAAAAAAUUUCUGCCAUGGAAACAACUCCUUCUUCUCAGCCAAAGAAGCGUGGCAGGCCAAAGGGUUCUUCAACCAAAACCAAAGAGGAAAGAGAUAAGGAGCCUCACAGGAUGAGAGGUAGUAUUACUGAUAAGAAAGCUGCUGCUAAUGCUAUCGACGAGAAAUAUGUUCAGUGGAAGUCACUCGUCCCUGUUCUCUACGACUGGUUCGCUAAUCACAACCUCGUUUGGCCUUCCCUCUCUUGCAGGUGGGGUCCAAUAGUUGAGCAGGGUGCUUUGAAAAACCGCCAGCGACUCUAUCUCUCUGAACAGACGGAUAAGUCAGUGCCUAACACUUUGAUCAUAGCUAAUUGUGACGUGGUGAAGUCCAGGGUUGCAGCAGAAAAUCACAUUGCAAAUUUCAAUGAAGAAGCACGCUCGCCAUUUGUGAAGAAGUACAAAACCAUAAUACACCCAGGAGAGGUUAACAGAAUCAGAGAACUCCCACAAAACAAAAACAUAGUGGCAACCCAUACUGAUGGUCCUGAAGUUCUCAUUUGGGACAUUGAAGCUCAGCCCAAUAAGCAUGCUGUCUAUGGUGCUGCUGCUUCGCGUCCGGAUCUGGUAUUGAGUGGCCAUCAAGACAAUGCAGAGUUUGCUCUGGCACUGUGCCCAAUGGAACCCUUUGUCCUCUCUGGAGGAAAGGACAAAACUGUGGUAUUGUGGAGCAUUCAAGACCACAUUUCAACAUUGGCAGCAGAUGCAACCAAGCCUGCUGGAUCAGCUGGCUCUAUAAUUAAGUCUGCUGAUAAUCCAUCUAUUGGUCCACGUGGUAUCUUCCAGGGCCAUGAGGAUACAGUUGAAGAUGUUCAGUUUUGCCCUUCAAGUUCACAGGAAUUUUGUAGUGUUGGUGAUGAUUCAUGCCUCAUAUUGUGGGAUGCUCGAGUUGGUAAUAAUCCUGUUGUGAAGGUUGAGAAAGCGCAUGAUGCUGAUCUUCAUUGUGUUGACUGGAAUCCUCACAAUGACAAUCUUAUCAUAACCGGAUCCGCUGAUAAUUCGGUACGCUUGUUUGACCGGCGAAAUUUAACUUCGGAUGGGGUUGGAUCACCGGUCCAUAAGUUUGAACAUCACACAGCUGCAGUUCUCUGUGUUCAGUGGUGUCCUGAUAGGACUUCUGUGUUUGGGAGUUCCGCAGAGGAUGGCCUCUUAAAUAUUUGGGACUACGAGAAGGUUGGUGAAACAACAGACACUGAAGCGAAAUCGCAAGAUGAUCCUCCUCCAGGCUUAUUUUUUCAGCAUGCUGGACACAGGGAUAAAAUUGUGGACUUUCACUGGAAUGCAUCGGAUCCAUGGACUAUUGUUAGUGUAUCUGAUGACUUGGAGACCUCUGGUGGAGGCGGCACACUACAGAUAUGGCGCAUGAGUGAUUUGUUGUACCGACCAGAGGAGGAAGUUUUGGCUGAGCUGCAACAGUUCAAGGACCAUGUGAGCAAGUGCGCUCCCAAGCCCUAAGCCUGAGGUAUUUUUACGCAAUGGUGCUUCCAAAAGAAAUGUAAUAGUAGGCACUAGAGUACACCAUAUGAGUUGUUAGCAGUAUCUGUAAUAGUUGAAUGGAUUUAGCUUUUGGACUAAUGAUGUUUGCCCGUAGCGAAAUAUGUAGGAGCUAUGCUUGAACUUAUUAUAAGCCAGUAGAUGGUAAGCAGUAAAGUAGCCGAGACUGUAGAGCAUGAUGUUGUAUGUAUUGUGCGGUAUUUUGCUACUUGGAUGUUUGACGUUCUUAUAUUGUGAAAUCAUGGUGUGUUCUGUUUGGACUUGUAA